AUGAAUCCGCUACAAAGUGCACAGCAUCCAUGCCGAGCUGAGCAUGGCAUGCCGUACGUGCUUGUGUUAGCAGGUAAUGCACAGCGCGCAGCUGAUAUCGCACGUACACUCCGCACCUUUAUGCCUGGUAGCUCGGCAGAGCGAGUCAAGCGACCUCGCAAGGGUAAAAGAGACGACGUAAGCGCGGCGUCGACCUCGAAAGACGAGAAGGCCGCGGCGCCAGCACCCGUCGUUGCCAAGCUAUUCGCUCGACAUUUCAAGGUGGAGGAGCAGGAUGCCUGGCUUCGAGCCCAGCCGGCGCCCCUCGGCGUAGGAACGCCUCACCGCGUUCACACACUCAUUCAGCAGGGCUCAUGUCGACUGGACCACCUCGCAGCUCUGAUCAUUGACUUUUCGUGGACAGAUGCGAAGCAGCGCACGGUAUUUGACACGCCGGAAACGCGCGGUGCCAUGUUACACCUUCUGAGUGACAAACACGUGCGCGCCGCCAUGCAGCGAAAGAUGCCGCAGCCUGCUUGCCGCCUUGCUCUGUUUUAG